AUGGCAUCGCAGAUUGAUGACGUCAAGACCGCCGAAGUGCUCGAUGUGAGCGAGUUGAGUGAGGGACAAAUGAAGACAGUGGAAUUCGGAGAAGGCAAGAUUUUACUUUCCAACAUGAAAGGCGAGAUCUAUGCAACGUCAGCAGUCUGCACCCAUUAUGGCGCUCCUCUCGAGAAGGGCACCUUAUCUCAUGAUGGAAGAGUUGUUUGUCCUUGGCAUGGAGCGUGCUUCAACGUUUGCACGGGCGACGUAGAAGAUGCUCCCGGUCUUGACUCUCUAUGGAAAUAUUCCGUCGUUAUCAAAGAUGGUAAAAUUGUCGUGUCAGCUUCCGAGAAAGAAGUCAAGAGCAAGGUCGGUCGGGUCGUCGCUAAACACAAGACCAAAACCUUGGUAAGGAACAAAGAAACUGUCGUCAUCGUUGGUGGUGGAAGUGGUGGAAUUCACACGAUCGAAAGUCUACGUAUGAACGAAUACGCGGGAGAAAUUGUUCUCAUUUCUGAAGAGCCAUAUGCUCCUAUCGAUCGGACGAAAAUGUCUAAAGGACUUGUGGACGAUGCUGAGAAAUUACAAUGGCGUUCACCCCAAGAACUGAGGGAUGAUUUCGGAGUGACUUUCAAACCUGCUACUAGCGUCACCAAAGUCAAUCCUACCGCCAAAACCGUGACAACGUCUUCUGGCGAGUUGAUCACCUACGACAAUCUCGUUCUCUCGCCUGGUGGUAAACCACGGAAGAUCCCGAUUCCUGGUGCGGAUCUCGAAGGUGUUCAGACUAUGCGUUUUGUCUCUGAUACAAAAUCGAUCACUUCGGCCGUCAACGAGAACGCCAAUGUGGUGGUGAUCGGUACCAGUUUCAUCGGGAUGGAAGUUUCCGCUGCUUUGCUGGGUAAGAAGCCGAAGAGUAUCACGUUGGUAGGGACGGACGAUGUACCUUUCAAAGCUAUUCUGGGGACAGAGAUCGGUGCGGCUAUCAUGGAGAGCAUGAAGAAACAAGGCAUACAAUUCUACAUGAAAGCCAAUGUAGAGAAGAUCACUGCCAAACCCGGCACUAACCAUUGCGGUGCCGUAGAACUCAAAGGACAAGAACCUCUACCAGCAGAUUUGGUCAUCAUGGGUACCGGUGUCUCUCCAGCUACAAAUUUCCUCAAAGAAUCUGGAUUUACUCUUGAGAAGGACGGCGGUGUGGCAGUGGACGAAUAUCUGAGAGUCAAAGGGAUGGAGCAUGUUUAUGCUAUUGGAGAUAUUGCGCAUUAUCCUCAGUAUCCGGAUAACUUUCAGAGGAGGGUGGAACAUUGGAAUGUUGCUGGGAAUCAUGGUCGAGAAGUAGGACACAACAUUACCCACCCUAAUGAUCAAGUGGCAUAUACCAAGAUCCCUAUUUUCUGGUCUUCCAUCGGUAAAGGUCUUCGAUACCUCGGGACUGGUGCAGGUUUCGAUGAGACCUACACUCAUGGUAACCCCUCCGAACUCAAAUUCGUUACUUAUCAAGCGAAGAACGGGAAGAUCACAGCUGUAGCAAGUAUGCAAAGCGAUCCGAUCGUCGCGAAAGCGUCGGAAUUGAUGAGACUUGAUAUCAUGCCAAGUCUGUCGGAGAUCAAAGCUGGCAAAAAUAUUUUGGAGAUUGAUUUGAUCAAGGCCUGA